UCAGUGAGGUCCACAGUGGCACUCAGGCAGCUGGGAGGGGAGGGUGAGAUUUUUGUCAAUAAAAUCUCGUCUUUUUUUUCUUAUUUAAGAAACACUGUGCUCAAUGUAAAUAAGUGAAGGGUUAUUAUUCUUCAAUAGAUUGGAAGAACGCUUUCACACGUCUUCAAGAUGUCGACGUCUGCGAUAUAUAUUUUAGACGUGAAGGGCAAGGUUCUGAUUUCACGAAAUUAUCGUGGGGACAUAGAGACGGGUGUCAUAGAAAAAUUCAUGCCUCACGUAAUGGAGCGCGAGGAGGAGGGCAAUCUUACUCCAAUUAUUCAAACUACUGAAUGUACAUAUGCAUACAUAAAAUACAAUAAUCUUUACAUUGUGUCAACCACAAAAAAGAAUGCAAACAUUUCAUUAGUCUUUGUAUUCUUGCAUAAACUGGUACAAGUGAUGCAAGAAUACUUCAAGGAAUUGGAAGAAGAAAGCAUAAGAGACAACUUUGUUGUCAUUUAUGAGCUCUUAGAUGAGUUGAUAGACUUUGGAUACCCACAAACCACAGAUAGUAAGAUUUUACAAGAGUAUAUCACCCAAGAGGGACACAAACUUGAAAUUCAACCACGCAUUCCUAUGGCUGUGACCAAUGCUGUAUCUUGGAGAUCAGAGGGUAUAAAGUAUCGUAAAAAUGAAGUUUUCCUGGAUGUAAUUGAGUCUGUCAAUCUUUUGGCAAAUGCCAAUGGAAAUGUAUUGAGUUCUGAGAUUGUUGGUGCCAUAAAGAUGAGAGUGUAUCUGUCAGGAAUGCCAGAAUUAAGGCUUGGUCUCAAUGACAAAGUUUUAUUUGAAUCUACAGGACGCGGAAAGUCCAAAUCAGUAGAGUUGGAAGAUGUUAAAUUUCAUCAGUGCGUGAGAUUGUCCAGAUUUGAGAAUGAUAGAACAAUUUCUUUUAUACCUCCUGAUGGAGAGUUUGAAUUAAUGUCUUACAGACUGAACACCCAUGUUAAACCCUUAAUAUGGAUUGAAUCUGUAAUUGAGAGACAUGCUCACAGCAGAGUAGAAUACAUGAUAAAAGCAAGAUCACAGUUCAAGAGACGUUCUACAGCCAACAAUGUGGAGAUUGUGAUUCCAGUACCCAACGAUGCUGAUUCCCCUAAAUUUAAAACCACCAUUGGCAGUGUCAAAUAUUCCCCUGAACAAAGUGCAAUAACUUGGUUUAUUAAGUCUUUCCCUGGAGGAAAGGAGUAUUUAAUGAGGGCACAUUUUGGCUUGCCAUCUGUUAUUGGGGAAGAUGUGGAAGGGAAACCACCCAUACAAGUUAAAUUUGAAAUUCCUUAUUUCACUACCUCCGGCAUACAAGUACGUUAUUUAAAGAUCAUCGAGAAGAGUGGAUAUCAAGCACUACCUUGGGUGAGAUAUAUUACACAGAACGGCGAUUACCAACUGAGAACGAAUUAAAUAAAUAAAAAAAAAGAAAAAUUAGUGAUGAAAAAGAGACAUUUUUAAUCCAUUACACUAACUCUGAUUAUGAUGAUUCAAAAAAUGGAAACUAGUCGGUUUGCUGCGCUUAGUACGCAUCCGAACGUUAAAAGUUAACUUGAUAAUUAUUUUCACAACUGAUUGUGAUCUAUAUAAAAAAUCAAUAGCUGUAGAAUAAAUAAAUACCAACUACUGUUAGCAGUAUUUUUUCGACAUUUCUUUAACCAAGUAAUUUUUCUCAUUUAUAUACGGAAACGCAAUAGAAUCUUUUUUAUUUAGAUAUUUUUAUAAUAAUCUCCUUUCACGUCAGGAAUCGCGUGAAACUGCAAUGUACUUAAUUUAUUAAUUAUACGUUUCUUUCUAAUAUACGGGUUAUUAUAAAUUCUCCAUAUACAGGGAUUAUUACAACACUCAUUAAAUCAUUAUAUAAAAGAAAAAAAAAUUGUACAUACAUUGAAAAUCAUGUUGUAACGAUAUUUUCAUGGAAUUGUUAACGAAUUAUUAAUUAUUUAAGCUCCAAUAGUAUUACAUCGGAAUAACUAUUGUAUAUCAGUAUGAAGACGAAUGAUAAUAUUGUUAUAAUUGUAAACAGUGUAUUAGCACCGUAAGGCAUUGAAGAGAUGUAUUAAAUUUUUAAUAGGAAUUA